GAUGCCACCCUGAUAAAACAGAGAAAGAUUUGAAAUACUUUCAAACACUCAAAGAUAAAUUUCAGAAGAGACCUACACUGGACAGAAUGUUCGCUUCGACGUCACAAAGAAAUGAUGAUGGUUUGCGGGCGUCUUACAAUAUCUCGUUACUUAUAGCAAAAUUCGGAAAACCGCUUACUAUCGGAGAGAAGUUAAUUUUGCCAGCCGUUGAAGAGUUCUUAAAGACUGUUUUACACAAACCUGCAUCUGAUAUCAUUAAAAGAAUUCCCUUAAGUAACAAUACUGUUGAAAGACGUAUUGAUGAAAAGAGUUCUGAUAUUGAAAGCUUCUUAUGUAAUUAUUUGCAAACGAGCCAUUUAUCUAUACAACUGGACGAGUCAACUUUACCUGAUAAUGCAGCAUUAUUAUUGGCAUAUAUUCGUUUUAUUAUGAAUCAAGAAAUCUACGAAGAACUACUCUUCGCAAGAACUUUGAUAACCGACACUAAAGGUGAAUCAAUAUAUCAUGUUUUGAAGGAUUAGUUCAUUGAAAAAGCAAUUCCUUUAUCAAAUAUAAUAUCAGUAGCUACAGAUGGAGCACCUGCCAUGGUUGUACGUUAUCGUGGAUUUAUAAGCUAUUUAAAACAAAAUGUGUCAGGGGUGUUAGCAAUACAUUGCGUUAUCUAUCGACAACAUUUAGUUGCUAAAAAUUUGAGUGUUAGAUUGCAUGAAUCACUUCAUUUAGUCAUUGAUGCAGUAAACCGAAUCAGAAGCAACGCGUUCAAUACGCGGUUAUUUGCGCAGUUGUGUGAAGAAAAUGACGAACACUUUCAUCAAUUACUCCUUCACACUGAAGUACGCUGGC